CGAAUCGAUAUCCCGUACGCCGUUUGAACAUCAUCUAGGUUAAGUUGAAGUGAAGUCAGGGUUCUCGAAUCUCGUCUGUCUCCUAGUCCGGUUGUCGAACCCGCUCCGUUCUCCAGGAAGAAAAAGGCGUUGUUUUUUCUUCCCCCGACAGGCGACGAGGGGGAAAUUAAAGGCAGAGUCUCGUUUUUAAUCUCGGUUUGUAGAAAGAUCGCGUCGGCCCUGUGGGCAUGGGCCAGGAGGAAAUACCAACAGAUAUCCCGUUAAAGGAAAGUGCCAUUUUGUCCCUGUUUGCGGUACUCGAAAGGCCGACGGCGAAACGCGAUGGGUUUCUAGUUAUGGGUCGCGAUCCAAAGCUCGCCGGCCAGUUGUCUAUGCGACGAACCUUCUGCCUUUAAUUCCUGCUGAUGGUCGAGAAAAAAGUCCCUGUCGAAAAGGGAAAAGGAAAAUAUGAAGCCAAGGAAUUUUGAUUCAAAUGACAACUUUAAGGUCUCCAAAUCCAACAUCUGGAGUCGCGAGCUCCGAAAUCGAUUUGUCCUGAGCUCAGGGAAACGGAGCAUCACAUUCCAAAGUAUCAAUGGCCAACCGAAGCGUAACAUCAGAAGCUGCAGGAUAUCAGUCCUUGCAGCUAGGACGCCAUCUUCCUCCGAAGAUGAAGAAACGGAGAUUUAUGAGAAGCGGAGAACACAAAAUAAAAUGUGUGAUCGAAAAGAAAUAGGGAAUGUUGAUACUUCUAACAGCGGAAGCAAUAUUAGGGGAUGCAGGAUAUCUGUUUUAGCACGAAGCGGGCGCCACUAUUUGUCGGAAGAUGAAGAUGAAGAACCCAUGUUUACUCCUCCUCCACACAGCCUGCGAAAGCGCCACUGUUCAACUAAAGAAAAUCUGGCUUCUUCAUCUCGUGAAGAUGGAAUUCGUAGGAGUCAGAGACAGCGCAAGCUAAAAUAUGAAAACUGUAAUGAUUCAUGGAUAUUUGGAUCGCAGUCUCUUAAAGGGUAUCCUAGCUUGACUGAGAACAAAAAAGAACAACCUUUAGAGGAAGAGGAAGAAGAAGAGGAAGAGGAGGAGGAAGAAGAAGAAGAAGAGGAGGAGGAGAAUGUCAAUGAAGAAAAUAACCAAAGUAAAGAGAAGGCUUCAUCGAAGCAAGAGGCAGGGAUGAAGAAAGAAGCAGACAAAAAAGAAGGCUCUUCUGAUGAAGGCGAUGAGAACGAGGACAAUUAUCAAGAUAUGUACGCACGUGUGAAACAGCGCAGGCGUCAACAAAAGAACUCAGAUUCAACAGGCUCUUCUGCGGACGAUGAAGCUGUUUCCAAGAGAAGAAUAAGGACGAGGAGUGGGAAACAAAGGCAAGAGAAAAUUAAAUACCAGCUUAGAAAAACUAAGCCCACAGUUGAACGGUUUCAAAUUGCAGAGCCAUCGUCAAGAAGGCAAGUUCUACGGGAAGUAUUUGCACGGAAAAUUCACAGGAAAAGGAGAAGGUCUUCUUCUAGUUCUUCAUCUUCAGAUGGUCAUUAUGAUCGUAAUCGAGAUCGAGAACGUGAUCGGGACCGUGACCGUGAUCGUGAUAGAGAUAGGAAAAGGUCCAGAAACAGAUUGGAACUAGCCGGCGGAAACAGUAAAUCAAACACAGGAAAACUCGCUGAUGUGGACCCAAUCUCUCUAGAUCAUUCGAUCCGUUUUAGUAAUAUCGGCGGCCUGGAGAAACAUGUGUCUUGCUUAAAGGAAAUGAUCCUGUUCCCGAUUUUGUACCCAGAAAUAUUCUCUAGAUUCGGCGUAGUACCGCCGAAAGGUGUGUUGUUUCACGGCCCACCAGGUACUGGUAAAACACUGAUGGCAAGGGCACUUGCGAACGAAUGUUCCAUAGGAGAACGAAAAGUGUCAUUCUUUAUGCGGAAAGGGGCAGACUGUUUGAGUAAAUGGGUCGGUGAAUCGGAACGACAGCUCAGAAUAUUAUUCCAAGAGGCUCAUGAAGGUAGACCUUCGAUAAUCUUUUUUGAUGAACUUGACGGUUUGGCUCCUGUUAGGUCUUCUAAACAAGAUCAGAUUCAUGCCAGCAUUGUUUGCACCCUGCUUGCACUUAUGGACGGUCUUGAUAACCGGGGUGAUAUAAUCGUUAUUGGUGCAACAAACCGUAUCGAUUCAAUCGAUCCCGCAUUGCGACGUCCUGGGCGUUUCGAUAGGGAACUCCAUUUUCCCCUUCCAGGCGUUAAAGAGAGGCGGGAGAUCCUCGGAAUCCACGCCAAAUCGUGGGCAGAUGCUGGUGUUUUGAACAAGAUGGCAGAAACGACUGCGGGGUACUGCGGUUCAGACCUCAAAGCGCUCUGUACAGAAGCGGUUAUCCAGUCGCUCAAGAGAGUUUACCCACAGAUUUAUAACUCGAGCAAGAAACUUCUUCUCGAUCACAAUAAAGUCAAGGUCUCAAAAAUUGAUUUUGAACGAGCACAGCGUAGUAUAGUCCCAGCGGCACAGAGAGCAAUGUACACACUGGGAAGGAAGUUGCCUUUAUAUUUGGAACCCCUUCUCAGCCAACCUCUUGCACAAUUACUGUCGUAUGUGGGCGAUGUUUUUCCAACGGCUUUUAAUAGACUUCAUGGGUGCACAAGGGUAAAUAGAUCGCCUAGCUUACUUAUUGUAGGAGAGCAGAAGCAAACAUCUUUUCUUGCAACUUCUCUAUUGUACAAACUUGAACACUGCCCAACUCUUUCAAUAUCCCUGGAAACGCUGUAUUCUGAGUCGGCUCGAUCACCUGAGGAAACUGUGACCAAGGUUUUUAAAGAACUUCCUCAUAGUUUAGGUUCGAUCCUCUGGUUUGGAGAUAUUUCCUUAUGGUGGAGGAAUGUCUCGGAGACAGUGAAAGCCGUAUUUACAAGUCUCUCUUCUCUUUUGGAUCCUUCGCUGCCGAUCCUGUUCCUCGCUACAUCUCAGACUGGAAACACGCCAUCGGAAAUAGACCGGUUUUUUAACAAAUACAGGAAUGAGGUGUUCACGGUCGAAAGGCCGAGCAGGGAGAUGCUUGAAAACUUUUUCCGGCCCCUUUUCCGAAUGAGAGCACUGAAACCACCCCCAGUGGCUAAGAAAGAGAGGCCGCUUGAACAGCUGGCCGAAGCCCCUCCUACACCCCCUCCAAAGCUAACAAAAGAACAGCUCGAGCAUCUUCACAACGAGGAAGAAAACACUCUUCGUGAAUUGAGAAUUUUUCUCAGACAAAUUUGCGCUAAACUCGCUCGCAAUAAACAAUUUUACAUGUUCUCCAAACCCGUUGAUACUGAAGAGGUUCCAGAUUAUUUACAAGUAAUUCAAGAGCCGAUGGACCUUGAGACUAUGAUGACCAAAAUUGACCUUCAUAAAUAUACUUGUGCUGAAGAUUUUCUUAAAGAUAUCGAUAUGAUAUGUGCAAAUGCUCUCGAGUACAACCCAGACAGAGAUCCUGCUGAUAAAUUGAUCCGGCACCGAGCUUGUUAUCUUCGCGACACGGCAUAUGCACUUAUUAAAGCCGAAAUGGACUCGGAUUUUGAAGUGAACUGUCGAAGCAUACGCGACGCUCGGAAGGGAAGGGAUGAACAAAUGGAAGAAAAGAAGGAGGAGGUUGUUCAACCCUUGGAAGAGAAAGAAGAAGAUAAGAGGGAAGACGGUCUAGAAAAGAAGCCAAUGAACGAUAAGCGUCGUAGGCGCAAACGUUGGUCGAAGGGCUUUAUAAGCAAGCCUAAAAAAAAUUUACAUAAUGAUACAAAUUCAGAACCCCAUUCGACUCCGAUUAAAAGGUGCAAGUGUGAUGAAGAAGUGCUUGAAAAUGGACUAGACGAGUCUACAACACUGGACGAAAGCGUAUCUGUCCACGAGGAGGAGACAUCGCAAAAAGUGGUAGUCAACAAGGUGGAACUUGACGCCAUUUUCCAUCAGACAGUCGACGCCGCAGACAGCGCAAGCGGUUUUGAGCGUCUCCUCGAUCUCUACUCCGCCCUCGGAAAUAUCAUAGACUCAUACAGCAAAUCUUGGGAUCGGACCAAAAUGCCGUCGGAGCUGAAAGAGCAGUUGGACAAAUUCACCGCUCGUAUUGAAACUGAAAGUUCCGACACAAAAGAAGAAAUUGAAGACCAUGAAGAGGAAACCCAUUUUUAGAAAUUUUUCACCCUAGUUUUUAUUUAUAAUAUACCUUUUUGCCAGCUUGACUUAUAUUCUUUUGGUUGUUGAUGGUUUUUCUCUCUCUUCUAAUAACAACUACACCUCUUCACUGACAGCACGGGAAACGGCCAAAUUGUAAAUAAUACUUUUAUACACAUUACAAAAAAAUUACAAUAUAUAAACAAUUGUAAUAAUUAUAGAAAGAGCAUGUGCGAGAGACUGAAAUAUACGUAUAAAAAGCAUGUGCUUGUAUGUCAUAAACAGGCAUACAAUAUAGGAAAUAUAUGUCCAAGAUGCAAAUCAGAAAAUAAAUAUAUAUAAAAAAAAUUAGACUGUAAGUAAUUUAUAAAUAAUU